UGUAGAAAUAACCUCUCAAAUCACCUUCUGCCAUCCCUUUUCCUUAGCACUGGGAGUUGCAGAUGCUGAGAGGCCCUUCUGUGCUGGAAGCAGUUCCAUCUGACAAAGGCAAACAGCGGCACUGGCUCCUGCACCCACCGUCCCCAUGAACUCUCUGCUGCAGAGCGGGGCUGACUCCUCGGCAGCCAGUGGGAAGAGACCCUGCUCCGCAGGGCGCACUCAGCCAGCCCCAGCCUGGGCUCCAGCCACAGAGCUGAAGGAAGGUCUGCUGGAGAAGGAAAAGGGUGGCGGUGUGUAGCAAGGAGAAAUAGCUGUGGUUUUGCUCAGAGAAGCCUGCCUUAACUUCCCACUCCAUUUUGGACAGUGCCCCAUGCGCAGAGGAGGGAAAUGUCCAACAGCAGCUCCGUCACACAGUUCCUCCUCCUGGCGUUCACAGACACGCGGGAGCUGCAGCUCCUGCACUUCUGGCUCUCCCUGGCCAUCUACCUGGCUGCCCUCCUGGGCAACGGGCUCAUCGUCACCGCCAUCGCCUGCGACCACCGCCUCCACACCCCCAUGUACUUCUUCCUCCUCAACCUCUCCCUCCUCGACCUGGGCUGCAUCUCCACCACUCUCCCCAAAUCCAUGGCCAAUUCCCUCUGGGACACCAGGGACAUCUCCUACGCAGGAUGUGCUGCACAAGCCUUUCUGUUUCUCUUUUUGAUAUCAGCAGAGUUUUAUCUCCUGACGGUCAUGGCCUACGACCGCUACAUGGCCAUCUGCACACCCCUGCACUACGGGACCCUGCUGGGCAGCAGAGCUUGUGCCCACAUGGCAGCAGCUGCCUGGGCCACUGGGUUUCUCAGUGCUCUGCUGCACACGGCCAGUACAUUUUCACUGCCCCUCUGCCAUGGCAAUGCCCUGGAGCAGUUCUUCUGUGAAAUCCCCCAGAUCCUCAAGCUCUCCUGCUCAGACACCUACCUCAGGGAGGUCGGGCUUCUUGGGGUCAGUGCCUGUGUUGUAUUUGGGUGUUUUGUUUUCAUUGUGCUGUCCUAUGUGCAGAUCUUCAGGGCUGUGCUGAGGAUCCCCUCUGAGCAGGGACGGCACAAAGCCUUUUCCACGUGCCUCCCUCACCUGGCCGUGGUCUCCCUGUUUCUCAGCACUGCCAUGUUUGCCUACCUAAAGCCUCCUUCCAUCUCCUCCCCACCCCUGGACCUGGUGGUGGCAGUGCUGUACUCGGUGGUGCCUCCAGCCGUGAACCCCCUCAUCUACGGCAUGAGGAACCAGGAGCUCAAGGAUGCAGUGUGCAAACUGAUGACUGGAAGUUUUUCUGAAGCAAUUAGCUGUCCAUGUCCUUAUGCAUAGCACUUAUAAUGUAUGUCAUUACAGUCUCAGCCUGUCUUAUGGAGGAUUGGUGGUUGUGGUGGGUGGUUUUUUUUCUUGCUUUUACUUGUGAUAAUGUUGUGUGCAAAGAAAUGUUAUUAUUCGUACCAUUUCUAAUUGGGAAACUAAUUUUCUAGUGUUACUCAGAGUCUUGAAAUGAGAGACAUAUUCUCUGUGCA